CAAUCAUGGGCAUGAGAUUCGCAGUAUUACUCGUAUUCGUUUUUGUGGCAUUACAUCUAGUUAGCAGCGAUCAAAUAAUAAACUGCUAUUGGGGAACUUGGGCCAACUAUCGUCCUGGAGAUGGAAAGUUUGAACCUUCAAACAUCGACACCAGUCUGUGCACCCAUAUAAGUUAUACUUUCUUCGGCAUCAGCGAAAGCGGGGAAUUCAAAUCGUUGGAUCCCUGGCUCGAUUUGGAUAGUGGGUUAGGUUUUAUUAGCAAGACCAUUGCCCUGAAGCAGAAAAACUCAAACCUAAAAAUCAUAGCCACUGUUGGCGGUUGGAAUGAGGGAUCCAAUAAGUAUUCCGCCAUGGCUGCGGACCCAAACAAGCGUGCCUUAUUUAUUUCCUCUGCCUUGAGUUUCAUUCAGGAGCAUGGUUUUGAUGGCUUGGAUGUGGACUGGGAGUAUCCCGUAGAACGUGGCGGCGUUCCUGAGGACCGGAAUAACUUCGUAACACUCCUAAGCGAAAUUAAACAAGUUUUUGAUCAGCAUGGCUUAGAGUUAAGUAUAGCUGUAGGCGCAUCCAAAGCCAGAGCAGAAAUUUCAUACGACAUACCAGCCAUUUCUCAGCAUGUGUCCUAUAUAAAUGUUAUGACCUACGACUUCCAUAUGGCGAACGACGGGUACCUCGGUUUCAAUACACCCUUGCCCGAGGUUCAGCAGGCCAUCGAUUAUUGGCUUGAAAAAGGUGCACCUGCUCAAAAGCUUGUACUAGGCCUUGCUUUUUAUGGACACACCUACCAAAUGGCGGACAGUUCUCAGAAUGGGCCAGGGGAUCGGUCUAGCGGCCCGGGGACCGCAGGGAAAUACACACAACAAAGCGGCUUUCUUGGUUACAAUGAGAUCUGUUUGAAUAAUUGGGCCGCAGUGUUCAAUGAGGAAUAUGGCGCACCAUACGCUUUUCAGGACAAUCAGUGGGUUUCCUACGACAACGUACAAAGCAUUGAACGAAAAAUGAAAAUUGUGAAUACUAAGUCAUUGGCUGGUGCUAUGGUCUGGUCCAUUGAAACAGAUGAUUUUCGAGGCCGAUGUGGUGAAUCAUAUCCCUUAUUGAAGGCCAUAAGGAAUGCGGUUAGCCUUGCUGAGGGUGACACUGAAAGCGUUGUAACCUCUAAGCCCUCUACACCAACAACUUCCGCAGCCACAACCGCCACCAGUGCUCCUGUGGCGCCCACACAGAGCAGCGCCUGCUCCAGCGAUGGCUACUUUAGGCACAGUACUGAUUGUCAACGCUUCUAUCAAUGUGUGGCGGGUAGGCGAUUCGAGUUCACCUGCCCCAAUGGGCUAUAUUUCGACCCCAAUUUACUUGUCUGCAACUGGUCUUCCGCUGUUAGCUAUAAUAUUUUUUGCUAUUGGGAUAUGGGCGCCUUUUACCGUAGGGGUCAUGCCAACUUCCAAUCCUGGGAUGUGGAUCCACGACUCUGUACCCAUUUAGCUUGCGGAUUCUUUGGAAUCGAUGAAAGGGGCGCCAUCGAAAUCGGAGUAGAGCUCCAGAACAUAUACUUGGAUCUUAUAAGCUAUGCAAUGCGCUUAAAGCAGACUUUUCCCCAUUUGAAAGUAUUUGCUGCCAUAGGAGGCUGGAAGGAAGAGAAGGCCAGGAAGUUCUCGGACAUGGCAGCAGAUGCACGAAAACGCCAUCGUUGUGUUUCCUCGAUUACGGAUUUUGUAAACCAGUGGAACUUUGACGGCGUGGAUUUGGACUGGGAAUUUCCGACCCAGCGAGGAGGCCGUACUAGGGAUCGUUACAGUUUCGCAGUUCUAUUGAAGAAAUUGAAGACCAAACUAAAAGAGCACGGGCGUCAAUUAUCGGUUGGAGUUCUCGCGCGAGUCGAUGCAACCACGCUUGCCUCCUAUGAUGUUCCAAAAAUAGCUCAGCACGUAGACUUUAUCAAUAUGUUGACACACGACUUUCGAACUCCCUAUGCCCUGCGUCUGACUCACAACGCUCCACUAGGCAACAAUAGCAACAUAGAACUAGCGGUGAUUCAUUGGGCUAAGCACAGUGGAAUGCCUUCGAAGCUGCUGCUAGGGAUUCCCUUCUUUGCCAGCACUUACACGCUCCAGAACCCGAACCUGACGGCUGUAGGCUCUUACAGCAAUGGUCCCGGAUCGCUCACAGCAUUAUCGGGACAGGUGGGCUGCAUGGGUUACAAUGAGUUUUGCACGCAGGCCAGUCGUUGGACGCAAAAAUAUGAUGCCAAUGCUCAAGUAGCAUAUGCCUACUCGGGGAAUCAGUGGCUGAGCUAUGAUAAUGCUCGCAGCAUUGCUGAAAAGAUGCGACUGGUAAGGACACACAAGCUUGGCGGAGCCAUGGUCUGGUCCAUCGAUACGGACGACUUUCGUGGCAAUUGUGGGGAAAGAUAUGGGCUCCUUCGUACCAUAAAUGAGGCCAUUGGCGAUCCUUCUGUGUUUACAUUGCCGGAAUAUACAACGCAGAAUCCCGCCACAUGUGUACAGGAUGGUUUCUAUCGCCGAAGGUUCGACUGCCAGUUGUACUACGAAUGCAGAGGUGGAGAGCGCUUUGAUUACAAAUGCAUCCAGGGACAAUAUUUUGAUGAGCAAUUGGGUUAUUGCAGCCCCUCGAAGCUGGUGCGUUGUAUACAAAACAUGGGGACCUACCUGCGUAAAUUUCCAGUGAACCUGAAAAUUUGAAACCCCAAUACCCCAUAAAACAUAUUAAAUAAAGUUUUCGCAUGUAAA